AUGAAUCCGGCGCAACGCAGCCUCUUGCCAAUGCCCCUCGUCGUCGCAAUCGUCGACGUCGCGGUCGUCGUAGCGCUGCUCGUUCAGCCUCAAGUACGUCAGCCGGGUAUCGACCCACGCUUCCUAGAACCGAAGGUUGAGAUACGAGAAGGGGAUAAACUCCUUCCUCAGGACACGUGGGCUGUUGUAGCUCGUCGAAACCGUGGCCGCUCUGGCAGCCGUCAAGCUGCCCCAAAAGUGGCACUUCCCCAAGAGCGCAAUGCGUUCCCACCGCCCCAACCGUGUAGGCAACGGUCGCAAUCGCGCCGCAGGCCGAUACGUACAGCUGCAGUCACUCUCACCUGUGUUGGUGACGGGCUAACCACGGCGGCUGCGCUUAGAGAGAUCCGUCAGAAUAUCACUCUUGCGGACAUAGGGAUUGAAAAGACAUCAAUCCGCCGUUCUCAAACCGGUGAAAUUGUCAUUGCAAACCCGGGUCCAGACGGCCACACUAAGGCCGACGAGUUAGCCGCCCGAAUGCGCACGGUGCUGGAGAAGCACAAGGAGGAUGUCCGGAUUGGUCGGCCCAUGCAAAUGGCCGAACUGCGCCUCUUCGGAAUUGAAGACUCCGUCGAUGAAUCGGAGGUUCAAACGGCGGUUGCGUUGGCCACAGGCUGUGACCGCGCUGCGGUCCAAGUGGGCCUCUUUCGCCUCACGCGGAGCCUUGAUACUGCCUGGGUAAAAUGCCCACUAGUGGCUGCCAACGCCCUUGUACGCAAAGGUCGUCUCCGACUUAGGUGGUCGAUGGCUCGGGUCAAACUGUUGAAGGCGCGUGGCCUACAGUGCUUCCGCUGCCUUCAGUUUGGCCACACGCGCCUAAAAUGCACUGCACUGGCCGAUAGAAGCAAGCAGUGCUACAACUGCGGGGAAGAAGGCCACUAG